GCUUCUCGGCCUCGCACUUCCGGCUUGGGGGGCGCGCCGGCUGUGUGGGCAGUGCUGCGCCGCGGCGGGCCGGGCGGUCCCGGGAGUCCGUUGCGAGCCGGUUGAAGUGUGGGCAGGCGGAGCUGGGCAGGCGUGGCCGCAGCACGGGCCGGGCCCUAGCGUCUUCUCAGUCCAGCAAACGCUUAUGACCUUAGAAGUUCAAUUUUAUUUUCGGACAGAAAGCCCUUCAGUUCGCAGUUAAACCAGAGGAUUCACCAUCGCUUCUAUGGCUGCCUCACAAGCUUCACAAACUGUUGCAUCUCUUGUUCCUUUUGCACAUUUAUGUUCAACUUUAGAACGCAUACAGAAAAGUAAAGUACGUACAGAAAAAAUAAGACACUUCAGGGAAUUUUUAGAUUCUUGGAGACAAUUUCAUAAUGCUCUUCAUAAGAACCAAAAAGAUGUCACAGACUCUUUUUAUCCAGCAAUGAGACUUAUUCUUCCUCAGCUAGAAAGAGAGAGAAUGGCCUACGGAAUCAAGGAAACUAUGCUUGCUAAGCUUUAUACUGAAUUGCUUAAUUUGCCAAAAGAAGGAAAAGAUGCACUUUUAAAUUACCGGAAACCUACUGGAACUCGGGGAGAUGCUGGAGACUUUGCAGUGACUGCCUACUUUGUGCUGAAGCCAAGGUGUAUUCAGAAAGGACAUUUAAGCAUACAGCAAGUAAAUAACAUCUUAGACUCCAUUGCCAGCAGUAAUUCUGCCAAAAGAAAGGACCUAACAAAGAAGAGUCUUCUUGAACUUAUAACUCAGAGUUCAGCACUUGAACAAAAGUGGCUUAUACGGAUGAUUGUAAAGGACUUAAAACUUGGUUUUAGUGAGCAAACUGUAUUUUCUGUUUUUCAUAACGACGCUGUUGAGUUAUACAGUGUCACUACAGAUCUGGAAAAAGUCUGUAGGCAACUGCACGAUCCUUCAGUAGGACUCACUGAUAUUUCUAUCACUUUAUUCUCUGCUUUUAAACCUAUGCUGGCUGCUAUUGCAAAUAUUGAGCGAAUUGAAAAGGACAUGAAACACCAGAGUUUCUACAUUGAAACCAAGCUAGAUGGUGAGCGUAUGCAAAUGCACAGACAGGGGGAUGAAUAUCAGUACUUCUCCCGAAAUGGAUUUAACUAUACCGAUGAGUUUGGUGAUUCUCCAAAGAAAGGUUCUCUUACACCAUUCAUUCAUAGUGCAUUCAAAACAGAUAUACAAAUCUGUAUCCUUGACGGUGAGAUGAUGGCCUACAACCCUAAUACACAAACUUUUAUGCAAAAGGGAAAUAAGUUUGAUAUUAAAAGAAUGGUAGAAGAUUCUGAUCUGCAGACUUGUUACUGUGUUUUCGAUGUGUUGAUGGUUAAUAAUAAAAAGCUAGGACGGGAGACCCUGAGAAAGAGGUAUGAAAUUCUUAGUAGUAUUUUUACACCAAUACCGGGUAGAAUAGAAAUAGUGCAGAAAACACAAGCUCAUACUAAGAAGGAAGUAGUUGAUGCUUUGAAUGAAGCAAUAGAUAAAAGAGAAGAGGGAAUCAUGAUAAAAUAUCCUCUGUCCAUUUACAAGCCAGACAAAAGAGGUGAAGGAUGGCUCAAAAUUAAGCCCGAGUAUGUAGAUGGACUGAUGGAUGAACUGGACAUCUUAAUUGUUGGGGGCUAUUGGGGCAAAGGUUUAAGGGGUGGGAUGCUGUCUCAUUUUCUGUGUGCCGUUGCAGAGAAACCCCCUUCUGGUGAAAGGCCAUCAGUGUUCCAUACCCUCUGUCGUGUUGGCUCGGGUUACACCAUGAAAGAACUGUAUGAUCUGGGUUUGAAAUUAGCCAACCAUUGGAAGCCUUUUCAUAAAAGAGCUCCACCAAGUAGCAUCUUAUGUGGAACAGAGAAGCCAGAAGUGUACAUUGAGCCUUGUAAUUCAGUCAUUGUUCAGAUUAAGGCAACAGAGAUUGUCCCCAGUGAAAUGUAUAAAGCUGGCUGCACAUUGCGUUUUCCACGAAUUGAAAAGAUCAGGGAAGACAAAGAGUGGCACGCGUGCAUGACUCUAGACGAGUUGGAGCAGCUUCAGGGGAAAGCGUCUGGGAAGCUGGCAUCUAAACACCUUUGCGUAGGUGAUGACGAUGAACCCCAAGAAAAGAAGCGGAGAGCUGCCCCAAAGAUGAAAAAAGCUAUUGGAAUUAUCGACCACUUAAAAGCUCCUAACCUUUCUAACUUAAACAAAGUGUCUAACAUAUUCGAAGAUGUGGAGUUUUGUGUUAUGAGUGGAAUGGACAGCCAUCCGAAGCCUGAUCUGGAGAGCAGGAUUGCAGAAUUUGGUGGUUAUAUAGUACAAAACCCAGGCCCAGACACGUACUGUGUGAUUGCAGGGUCUCAGAACAUCAGAGUGAAAAACAUAAUUUCUUUAAAUGAACAUGAUGUUGUCAAGCCUGUGUGGCUGUUAGAGUGUUUUAGGACCAAAAGCUGUGUCCCGUGGCAGCCUCGCUUUAUGAUUCAUAUGUGCCCAUCAACAAAAGAACAUUUUGCCAGUAAAUAUGACUGCUAUGGUGAUAGUUAUUUUGUCGAUACAGAUUUGAGCCAGCUGAAGGAAGUGUUCUCGGGAAUUAAAAAUGUCGGUGAACAGCCUCCUGAAGAAAUGGCUUCUGUGAUUGCUGAUCUAGAACAUCGGUACUCUUGGGACCAUUCUCCUCUCAGUAUGUUCCGACACCACACUGUUUACUUGGACUUGUAUACUGUUAUUAAUGACCUGAGGACCAGAAUUGAGGGAACAAACUUAGCUAUCACCGCUUUAGAGCUUCGAUUUCGUGGAGCGAAAGUAGUUUCUUGUCUGGCUGAGGGAGUGUCUCAUGUAAUCCUCGGGGAGGAUCACAGUCGUGUUGCAGAUAUUAAAGCUUUUCGAAAAGCUCUGAGGAGAAAAUUUAAAAUCCUGCGAGAAGGUUGGGUAACUGAUUCAGUAGAUAAGUGUGAGUUACAGGAGGAAAAUCAGUAUUUGGUUUAAAGCUACCUGUUCUGUUGAGGAAAACCUCCGAUCAGGCUAACUCAUUGCAACAGAUGGUAAUGACAAAAAACUACGUUUUAUUUUUCUCUCUUAAAAUGUAUGCUUAAGCAGUGUUUUUA